AUGUCUCAUCCAAAAGGAAUUAUCUUUCCGGAAAGUAAUAAUAACAAAUCAGUCGUUCGACGACGUCUACUGCUUCGUAAUAAUACAAAAACGGAUUUUGCUGUAAAAUUGAGAACAAAUAGUCCAGAAUUAGCAAUAGAUCCGGCACAAGGAUUUCUUCAAGCCGGACAUGUUCAAUCUGUUAAACUUUCUCUUGAUAGCGUAUAUAAAACACCGAACCGAUCAAUAAAAAUUUAUUGUCGUCCGGUGGAUAAAAGAUCAGAGGCUGAGUGUCGUCGUUGGUUUUUGGCACCACCAGAAAUUAGCGAAUCGAAUAAUCAACUCGCACAAACAUUGCAAAUUAAGACAAGCGUCGGUUUUACACCUCUUGAGACAGUUCUUGAUCUUCCAUGUCAUGCGAUUGCCAUUCAAGCAGAGCAAUAUCCCACUUUUAUGGCUAGUGAUUCAGAUACGGUUACCGCUCGUCAAAUUGAUAGCGGUACUACAACUGCUUGUAUGAUAUCGGAAGCAGAAUUAUUAGCAAUGUUACCACCAGAUUGGGUGCUAAAUACAGCACAAGGAAUUGAUGAAAAAAAUGGGAAUAUUUUAUCUUUUUCACGUCCUACUUGUGGAUGGCUUGAGAAAUUCUUCGAUUUAAUCUUUCCACCUGAUGAAACACAGGAAACAGUUGCACCUUGUGGAGCAAGCCGAUGA